AUGAGUGUAUCGAAAAGAGACAAAUCGUCGUUGUGGAGUUCAUAUGCAACAAAGAGCAACGUUCAGAUAUUAGAAUGUCGGGUAGCCGGAGUGUACCAGGGGCAUGGAAACGGCGGCGCACUGGUGGAGGAGACUUUUGUUGUUGAUGAGUCGCCGCCGAGGGGGAGGCAGAGGAGAGGAGUGGUGGCGCGUGUUGAAGUGGAGGAAGAGAAGGAAUUGGGAGAUUGCUGUAUCUGUUUGGAUGAGAUGAAUAAGAAGAGGGAGGUGAUAAGGACUCCCUGCGGGCAUGCGUAUCAUGAAUCAUGCAUCUUCGAGUGGCUCAACCUCCAUAACUCUUGCCCUCUCUGUAAGAGGCCACUGCCAUUGGAGGAGGACUCACCCUGA